GGCUCUGGAGAUGGGGAGGACGUGGAGGACCUGGAGAUAUCCGCACUGCAGAUUGUGGUGGCAAAAUCUUACGAGCAGAAUUGUGAAUGGAUGGUAUCAGUGGCAGCAUCGGAUUUGAGCGCUGCAGAAGCAGGGUGCAACAGUACGACUCCGUUCAGCGACACGGCUGUUGAGCUGUGUACUUACUGGGAGGCUCUUGAGAUUGUUGAAGAAGCGAAGCAAGAACUG